CCACGACUUCUCGCCUUCCGACUCCUUUCGUCCUCAAAGCCUUUCAUCGCUGAGAAGGGCCAGAAAUCACAGAUAACGCAAUCCAUGGCCUCAUUUUCUCUCUGUUUUGCGAGGCCGUUUGCUUUCUCCCUGCCUCCAUUCCAUUCCUCCAAUGGCCUCCGCCUCUCUUCCUCUCACGCCGUCAUCUCCCUUCACCGCAGCCUCGGCUCCUUCACUUCCAUUUCCGGUUCCCCCCUUCUACUCAGCCGAGAUCCCUGCCCUUCCCCUUCCUCCUCCGGAAGGCCUUCCGCCUUCACCGUCUUCGCCUCCAAGGGCUACAAGAUGAAGACCCACAAGGCUUCGGCAAAGAGAUUUCGAGUGACCGGAAGAGGGAAGAUUGUGAGGAGACGGGCCGGGAAGCAGCACUUGUUGAGGAAAAAGAACACCAAGAGGAAGCUCCGACUUUCCAAAAUGCACCCAGUUAACAGAAGCGAUUAUGACAAUGUGAUCGGUGCACUGCCAUACCUGAAAGUGAAUCGAAAGGCAACCUGAGCUUGCUCUUUUUGUUUGCCUUUUGCUGAUCCGUGCUUCAUGCUCGCACAUAAUGUAACUUGGGCUACUCAUUGUUCUUGGUAUAUUUGAUGCAGCUUUUUUAUUUCAUUAUUUGAUCAUGUUGUAAAUGAUCACUGGGAAUUGUUACAUGGUAAUGAGCUUGCUGAACGUUCAAAAUUCAAUUGAAACUACAGUGACCAAGUUAAUUGUA